UAACUAUCUCAGACUUAAAUCCUUAACACUAAAAAUAUAGUAAAAUUUUCAACUAUGCAUUGGUCAAAUAAGAGAUUUAGAGAAGAGGGAACGACUUCGAAUUCCCUCAAAAAUAACAAUCAAUUUCAUCAGCAGCAACCAAGGCUUAGUGGAGAUGAAGAAUACUCUGUUAUGGUGGCAACUCUGAAAAAUGUCAUCAAUGGUAAUAUUCCAAUGGAGAACAAUCAAGAAUUCAAUUUCUUUUCGCCUUAUCAAUAUUCUACUGCCACCACGACCGUUACUUCCUCAUCUUCACCUUCUACUAGCAUGUCUACGAGUUUCGAACAAGUUUUGAGUGUCCCUGCAGAACAAGAACCUUGUCAAUUUUGCAGAAUUCAAGGUUGUUUAGGCUGCGACAUAUUUGGAACCACAUUUUCUUCUUCUUCUUCUUCUGCUCCUGUUGCUGCUCCUGUUGUUGAUAAUAAUAAGAAGAAGAGUAGUGCUACAACAAUCACGAUCGCGAAGAAAAAGAAGAAGAAUUACAGGGGAGUGAGACAGAGGCCAUGGGGAAAAUGGGCAGCAGAAAUUCGAGACCCUCGAAAAGCUGCGCGUGUUUGGCUGGGAACUUUCAGUACUGCAGAAGAUGCAGCUAGAGCUUAUGACAAAGCGGCCAUUGAAUUCAGAGGUCCACGAGCUAAAUUGAAUUUUUCAUUUGCGGAUUAUACUGUUGACACUCAAGAACAACAGAGCACUUUAUCUUCUUCACCUCAACAAUUACCAGAAGAGCCUCAGCAAUUGCAGACAGGGAAUAAUAAUAAUAAUUCUGAUUUUGGAAAUGAAAUUUGGGAUCAAUUGAUGGGUGACAAUGAAAUUCAAGAUUGGUUGACUAUGAUGAAUUUCAAUGGAGACUCUUCUGAUUCUACUGGCGGGAACGCUCACAGCCUUUAAGUUUCGGUUAGUGAAAAGACAAAAUCCAAUGCACUAAGCUCGAAUUGCCCUGAAAUUCAGAAAAAAUAAAAGAAAUUAAGUUUCAGUUACUCGAAUUGAAAAAAAAAAAGAAUUAAAAAUAAAUAAAUAAGAAGUUAUAGUAUAUUAAUGUGCUUUGCCCUGUUGUAUUUUUUUAAUCAAAUCUGGGCUCUGGAGAAAAAAUUAGUUGCAAGUUUCUAUUUAUUUUCGGGUUGUGCAGUAUGUUGUUCGGCAUAAAUCAUUAUAAUCGAAUGAAAUGUAAAAAUUAUAAGGUAUUAAUGUGAGUGAACUUUUAUUUUUGUAA